AAGUUUGGUUUUCCUAUGGCCUUCACAACCACAAUGCUCUCAUGGAGUGUUAUUGAGUUCGGUGGGGUGAUGAAAACUGAAUUGGAGAAUGCAAGAGAGGCCAUUCGUUGGGGCACUAAUUAUCACCUCAAAGCCACUGCAUAUCCAGACACUAUUUAUGUUCAGGUGGGAGAUGCCGACAAAGAUCACGCUUGUUGGGAGAGACCAGAGGAUAUGGAUACUCCAAGAAAUGUGUAUAAGAUAGAUAGAAACAAUCCCGGAUCUGAUGUGGCUGCUGAAACUGCUGCUGCUCUUGCUGCUGCUUCUAUAGUUUUCAGAAAAAUUGACCCCAUUUACUCAAAAACUUUACUUAAAAGAGCUAUCAAGGUUUUCCAGUUUGCUGAUAAAUAUAGGGGACCCUACAGCAAUAGCUUGAAACCUAUUGUAUGCCCCUUCUAUUGUUCUUACUCUGGUUAUCAGGAUGAAUUGUUGUGGGGUGCUGCUUGGCUUAACAAGGCAACUAAGAACCCAAUGUACUUAAACUACAUUAAGGUCAAUGGACAGAUCCUUGGGGCUGAUGUGUCUGAUAAUACCUUUGGAUGGGAUAACAAACAUGUUGGAGCAAGGAUACUACUUUCUAAGGAAUUUCUUGUUCAAAAGGUGAAAUCCCUUUAUGACUACAAGGGUCAUGCAGACAAUUUUAUCUGUUCUGUUAUCCCUGGAUCAUCUUUAUCUUCCUCUCAAUAUACUCCAGGAGGGCUUUUGUUCAAGAUGAGUGAUAGUAACAUGCAAUAUGUCACUUCCACCUCCUUCCUACUCUUAACUUAUGCAAAAUACUUAACCACUGCCCGCACGGUUGUGAACUGUGGUGGAACCAUCAUAACUCCAAAGAGCCUACGAGCUAUAGCCAAAAAACAGGUGGAUUACUUGUUGGGAGACAACCCAUUAAAGAUGUCAUAUAUGGUAGGGUAUGGUGCAAGGUACCCACAAAGGAUACAUCACAGGGGUUCAUCACUUCCAUCUAUUGCUGUUCACCCUAAUAAGAUACAAUGUUCAGAAGGAUUCAAUGUAAUGAACACACAAUCCCCUAACCCCAACAUUCUUGUAGGUGCUGUUGUGGGGGGACCUGAUUUGCAUGAUAGUUUCCCAGAUGAACGAUCAGAUUAUGAGCAAUCAGAGCCAGCUACUUACAUCAACGCACCUCUUGUAGGAUCACUGGCUUAUCUUGCACACUCAUUUGGACAACUCUAAAGUAAAGAAGCACUUCUACAACACGUGCGCGCGCACGAGGUUUAAGCUU